UGCGAGUGGAGCCACGUCGCCCGUAACGUGACCGGUUCGGAAAAUGAGUAGAAAUGUGCGAAAACGGGCUCAGGCCCUGUCUGAUGCAGAUUCGGAUUCGUCUGAUGAGCUGUCCGGAAUCAUGACCCAGUUGAACAAGCUGUCUCGUAAGGUAUCCCGACUUCAGAAGAAGCGCAAAAGACGAGAGCCGUCACCCGAAAGCUCGGAUAGUAGUGUUGGUGAAAGAAGCCUCUCCCAAAUCAUUCGGCCUGCUACCGUAGGCCUGGUAAACUACGAUACCUCUUCAUCGGGACACGGAACCUUGGAGAGGAACAAUGUUGCCGAGUGCGAUGUUGCCGAACGCAGUGUUGCCGAACGCAGUGUUGCUGAAUGCAGUGUUGCCAUCUCGGAUGAAAUUUUGAGACUUUUGGGGAAAAACUCUGUGGACGAUCAAGCCUCUACAAAAGACAUUAACAGCGAACUUGUUCAAAUUUGGUCCCAUAUAUUACAGGAAGGUUUGGAUUCUGAGGUUUUAGCAACUAUAUGUAAAAAAUAUUCUCCUCCCACUAACUUAAGCCUUGCUAAUGCCCCCAAACUGAACUCAGAGGUUUUAUCGGUUCUCACGGAACAACACAAGCAGCGGGACUUGAAGCUCUCUAAGCGCCAAGACCAGAUGGGGGCUGCCCUGGUGGCAAUUGGCAAAGCGCUGACAAUUCUGUUGGAAAAAGGGAAGGGGGCACAUACCAGAGUGCUGGUCGAAUGCCUCAGUGAUGCCGGACGUUUAAUUUCGGACAUUCACCAUGAAGAAUCUACGUGUAGGCGGAAUUUGGUAUCGGUGAGUGUAGACAAACAGCUCCGAGGAACCCUUUCUAACGUAUCUGUGGAUGGUUGGCUGUUUGGACAAAAUCUGGGUGAUCGGGUGAAAGCAGCUCGUGAAAUGGAAAAAUUGUCAUCCAACCCGAAGCCGAAAGCAGUUACUGCUACACUGACGUCUUCGGUAAACUUCAAGGGUCUGCCUCGAGUGAAUGUCAAGGGUUAUCGAGACAGACCGAAAUACUCACGGAAAACCCCGAGUUCCGAAGCCAAGACUCCUCGGUAA